AUGCACAAAGACAUAAUGUAUCAAUCACAAGCAUAUACCCGAAUCAAAUGUGACGAAACCAAGCCUUCUUGCGUGGCUUGUUCUCGGAGAGGAUAUGACUGCCCGGGGUAUCGCAGAGACGUCAAAUGGUCGGCGAAGCAUGAAGCGAAAGGUCUGAAUUCAGAGUCACUGUCUCCAUCAAAGAAGGAACCUCCUAUGAGCUGGUUCACUGAGCCAGCGGAGAAACUACGUCUGGCUUUGCUGAGCGAUCUGCGACCUCCGCUCGACCGUAGUCAGCCCAGUACUAAGAGAGUAGAGCAAUGCAGGACAUCGAGCCGCUGCGAUGGGAGAACAGACACACCCGAUCAUUCAACCACAAACAGCGAUUCAGCACUUACGCUGCAGACUUCCGACGCCGAAACCACACCAGAGAGACAACAUAAUGCUAAGCUGACAUCAUCACCAACUGAUUCCUCUACCAAUUUGCGAGCAUACUAUUUCUCUCAUACAUGCCGUCUCCUUUCCGGUUACGAUUCCCCCACGAACCCACUGCGAGAAUGGGUUGCACGGCUCUCAAAUGAGCACCCCGUGAUCGAAUCCUGCAUUUUCUCUAUAUCGGCUGCACAUCUUUCGCAGCAGCAGCGUGAGAUGACUAUGCUGGCUGCAAGCCAUCAUACAGCUGCGCUUGCGAGUCUUUCUGCUGGGAUUGAAGCUCUAGACAAACGGCGGUUGUCACACCCACACGACAAUGCCGGCUUUGUGCUGAAGAACAGUGAGUCUAUGACUGCACUGCUUCUUGGGAUUAUCAUGAUCGGAAAGACUUCAUCAUGGAAUAAUCCAUCCUCACUUGGUUUGCAGCACCUCGAGGCGGCAAGGACCAUUUUCCAGUCUUUAUACUGCGAAAGCCAUUCUCAAUCUCCCUCGAUCUCAGGUGCCCCGGCCUCAGAUCCAAGGCUUGCUCGAGACUUCUUUGUCGGAGCUUUGGUUUACUGGGAAGCACUGACCUCCUUCGUCGUAGACAACAGAACAGACGCCGCAGACUACCUUCUACGCUUCUGCGACGAUGAAAACUGCGUGGCAAGUGUCCAUCCUUGGAGCGGGGUCUCGCCCAGACUGUUCAUAUCCAUGUCAAAGAUCGGCUCCCUAGCACGACAGGCGCACCAUUUACGGCGGGCAUCAGCUUCGCCACAGCGCAUCCAGAAAGACCGACGCGAACUUUUAUCGCAAGGAAAGCAUCUGGAAGAGCUGUUCCUUAGUACAGGUGAUCCAUCUACGCCUGUCGACGAUUUUCAAUUUCUAGGAUACGCCUAUGCUCUAUCAAUUAUGCUUGAGCUGUGUCGAACAUUUCCCGAGUUACUACGCCCAGACCAACGAACGCCGGAUUACGAUACCCAAAGAAAACAUCUGAAUACACUGGCCAUCACUAUUCUGACAUUAAUUGCCAAGAUUCCAGAAACCUCUGGCACAAGGGCGAUUCAAAUGCCCGUUCUCGUGAUAGCGGGUAGUACCCUGCAGUUCCAGCGGAUUGAAGACAUGGAUGUCGACAUGGAAGUUUUUUCGGAUGGUGCUUCGGACCCAACUCAUGCACCUGAACGAGUCGAUAUACAGUUCUGGCGACUAUUUGUUGAUUCUAGACUCGACAAGAUGGCGUCCUACAUGGGGUUAGACACAGUGCACCGGGCGUGUAGGAUUGUGAGAGAAACUUGGGCUCGGGCAGACCAGUUAUUGACCAACAGCUCAUUUCACGGUCAAGCUCCGAUUGUGCAUUGGAUUGAUGU